AUGUUCAAAACUUACAUCGUCCCUAUGGAAGUCGCUGAUGUCAUAGUCGGUGAGUUCGGAGUCACGGAUGCCGCUCUCAACGAUCCGAAUGUCUGCGAAACAGCCCUCAUAGAUCUGGGUUAUGCGGAUACGCCGUGCCAAGCCGUGACUUUCGUCAGCCUUAUACAUAAACUCAGCUUAUUACUAUUUUACUUUGUAUUCACGAUAUUCUCCGACCAGAGAGUCUCCGGCAAAGCCUGCAAUUUUUUCGGAGCUCUAUCUUACUUGGCUGUUGCUAUGGUAACUUCUAUUGCUUAUUCGAUUUUUACUACCGUGCACCAAAGACGGUACUCCCAGGUCACGAACUGA